AGGUGUCGGCCUCCGCCACGUCGUCAAUGCUGAACACGCAAGUCCAAGACGACUGAGAGCCUCAGCGACCGAACCACACCAGUGAGCUCAUACAACGGGCUUGGAAGAUAGUGGUAGUACUCAUGAAUAUCUUCUAUCGGUUUCAACUCUCAACAUGCUGAAUGUCCCAUCCCUCUACCGCAAAAAACCAUCACAACCACCACCACCCAUACCCACGACCCCAACACCCAACCCAAACCUCGGACUAAACCACAAAACCCACACCCUCCCAUCCGGCACAAUCGCCCACAUCUGGACGCUCACCCAAUUCUCCGUCGCUACCAUCAUCCUCCAACACGGCUACGCAGAAUACUCCCACCGGUACCUAACCUCCCACUCCUCCCUAAUCACCCAUCUCCUCGCUGCCAGCUACACCGUCUACGCCCUCGACCUGCACGGUCACGGCGCCUCCACCGGUACUCCUCGCGCCGUCGUCCACGUAGGAAAAGCCGUAGCGGAUCAUCUCGCGCUACGACGGUAUGCUGUUGAACAAGGCAACGGGAGGCCGGUUGUGUUGUUUGGGCAUUCGCUCGGCGGAUUAAUAACCGCAGGCAGCGUAACAGAAAACGACGAACACAUUGCAGGUGUGAUCUUGACCAGUCCCGCAUUCCCCGGUCCUUUCCCCUACGCCGCUCGAGUAGCCGUCGGUGUAGCUGCGCGCGCAAUGCCGACAAUCUCCAUCCCUAGCCGCGCGGUACCCAUCUCAAACCUCACACGCCGUAAAUCCGAAAUCGAGAAAUACCUCGCUGAUCCGCUGUAUUCCAAGAAAUCGAUUUGCUUCUUAACGGCUGCGACGGCUGUGGAUGUUGCGGACGGUGUCAGGGCCAAGAUGGGGGAGUGGACGGUGCCGACAUUGGUGGUGCAUGGGGAUGAGGAUGCGUAUUGUGAUUGGAGGGGGAGCGAGGGGUUUGUAGAUGGGAUAAUGAGUAGGGAGAAGGUAUUCAAGGUGGUUGAAGGGGGUAGGCAUGAGUUGUUGAAUGAUGAGUGUGGGGAGGAGGUUUUGGAGAAGGUGAUGGCUUGGAUACGGAGGUUAUUGUAGAGGGAGGUGAUCAUGGUUAAUCGCGGGUGUGUGCAGAUAGAUGCUGGUUGAUAUAUCUAACGCCGACUAAUGCAAUAUCAUCUCAAGCUAUAGCGAUG